UCCAACUACAGUUGCCAGCGAGUAUUUAUACCACAAAACACCAAAAUAGUCUUCAUCCAACUCCGUUAUCACUUCGCAUGGCCCACUCCGCAUGUUAUUUCCCAUUGUUUUAUGUAUAACGCGUCGUGGUAGCCACAAAUUUCAGAAAUGCAGACUUAAGGUCAACAUCGUAGUCGCCUUUUUGUAUAAAUAGCGCAGCAAAAACUAUUAAAUGCCAUCGAACAAGUUCAACUCAUCGAGCUGCAAGCAUAUCCCAAAUAACCAAAAUGUUCAAAUUCGCUGCUGUUAUCUUUGCCAUCAUCGCCUGCGCUGCUGCCAAGCCAGGUCUUCUCCUUGGCCAACAGUUGGCCUAUAGUGCUCCGAUUGUAGCUGCUGCACCCGCUGCAGUCGUUGCUGCUCCUGCUCCGUUUGUGACUGCCACCAGUAGCCAGGUGAUUGUCCGUAACUACAAUGGCAUCGCCCACGCUCCAGUGAUCGCUCCAGUUGCUGCUCCCGUGAUUGCCAAGUAUGCAGUGGCAGCUCCUCUGAUCGCUUCGUAUGCUGCUGCUCCUUUGGCUGGUCCUCUGGCUUACAGCUCACACUUGGCGGCUCCUCUCUCCUACGCUCCAGCUCUGCUAUAAGAACUUGUGGACUGACUGUUAAU